CCAGCCCACUGCCACUCUCAGCUGGCCCCCAACUGCUGGUCUAAACAGCCAACUCCAUCCUUUAUUGCCCAUCCCCUUUCUGAAAGAGGAGUUGUACUGACAGGACAGUUCCAGCUUCCCCAUCCUUAUGUGCUGGUAUCUAUUACUGAUCAGCAGAGGAGCAGAUGGACCGAAUGGUGAUUCUGACCUGCAGCUGUGCUUGAUGGAUUUAAACCCAGGUUGGACUGGUUCUGGGCCAGCCAUUUCAACAAGAACCAGUCCUGUUCUGAGGAAAAGCUUCAACAGUGGAUCUUUGUGAAUAUUAAGAAUCAGGACCAUUAGCUGGAGGUUCCCUUCGCACUGAUUGACGCGCUGCAGGAAGUUGACUUUCUCUCACUUGUCAAUAAUGUAUGGAGCUGCAGUUGUAUGAGCACGAAUGUGGACAAUCCUGGAUGAAGGCAAAGAUGGAGCACAUGGUCUGAAGAGGCAAAAGACUCUUAUUAAGAUGGUACUUCAAUGACCGUGUGGCCUGGACUCAGCCUCUGUCAACUGGAUGUUGCAGUCUCCUACAAAUCCAAUCCUUCCAGCCCCUCAUAAAGUCACCUCAGAUCGUCACCAUAAUGCUAUGGAGGCAUAUUGGAGGGAAGUGAGAAGCAUUGAGGAGGAAGGAGAAGAGGAGGAGGAUGAAGAAGAAAGGCAGAGCGUGGAUGAAGUGGAGAUGGAGGAGACAUGGCUGAAGGAGGCGGGGCUAUCUUUUCUGGUGUCAGGAAUAACAUCGUCAGAGGCAUCUCUGCCAUUGCCUGAGGCUGUUAUUUCUACCCUAACCCACCAGCAAGCCGCCAUAGUCAGGACUAGGCUGGACACCUACAAUGAGACGUUGAGGAAGAGGAACAGGCAGCCGCUCAGGGAUGUGAGGGAGAUUUUUGCUGAGCCUGAGGAUAAAUCAGCCGAGUUAUGCCCCUCCCCUCCUCCACAUUCUCCUGACUCCCUUCCAGGUCGAUACCACACCACCACCAAGACUAUUCGGCGCAGCGCUCACAGAGUUCGGUCAACUCCUCCCAUUUUUGUUUUUGAAGAUCAACUGACUGAACAUCCAUCAUGCAGUUCCCUUAAGGCGCCCCUAGCCAACACCAACCCUUCCGCUCCUGUUCUCUCCAUUUCACCUCCAGCAUGUUGCUGGAGACGAGCUGAUUGGCUGCUGCGAGACUCGCCGUACUCUGAAGGCGUGGCUGAACACAGACUUAGCUCUACCUGUUGGGACUGUCGGACUUUCCAAGGAGACCUGAGUGGUAAACUGCAGGGCCUCACCGUUGUGGAUGACCUCUCGCCUCGUGACCUCACACGCGUCGGCUUCAUCUCCCACAUAGAGCUUUCGACCUUUCUGCUUGCUCUGGGUGUUCAAACCAAACGGAGCCGACGUCCACGCACAAAGGCCCAGGAGGGAACAGUAUUUGGAGUCACUCUCAAGUCCCUGCUGGAGAAUGACAGGAAGAAGUUUCCUGGAGUCAAGAUUCCUGUUGUCUUUCAAAAGUUUUUGAGUAUCUUGGAGCAGAGCGGUCUGCAGAUGGAGGGUAUUCUCAGAGUACCAGCAUCAGUGGCUCGAUUGAAGUACUUGCGCAGAGAGUUAGACAGACACCCUGAAGUCUUUGACUGGUCUGCAGUAAGACAGGUGGAUGCUGCAGGGCUGCUGAAGCUUUUCAUCAGAGAACUGCCAACACCUCUGCUCACUUACACGCACCUGCCUACCUUCCGUUCACUGAUUGGCAUCUCCUCUGAGCUCCAUCAGGUCCAAGCUUUGCAGCUACUGACCCUACUCCUCCCGGAAGCCCACAGAGAAACUCUGAGAGCUCUCCUGGUCUUCCUCCGAAAGGUGGUCUCUCAUCAAGAUCAGAACCGGAUGUCUCUGUGGAAUGUCUCCAUGGUGAUGGCUCCAAACCUAUUUUCUCAGUGUAACCAUGGUAAAAGACACUCUCUUGCAAAGCAGAGAGAGGAAAUGGAAGAGGCAAUGGGUGGGGCUCAGCUGAUCCAGUUGAUGAUUCAACACCAGGACCUACUUUGGACCAUUCCAAACUUCCUGCUGGCACAAGUUAGACAACUAAACCAGGCAUCCAAUCAAAAACAACUCAUUCUGAGCAGAACCAGGACCUAUCUGUUGAAGAAAAAGAAAAACCAAAAUGAUGGGAACCAGAUCACAAAGCUGUGUGAAGGUGUGAUCCAGGUUCAUGCCCCCCAACACACAAAAGUUUCCAUGGCAAUUCAGCUUGAAGAGAAGACAACAGCUAAAGAUGUGACGGCCCGCUUUGAGGGCCAGAACAGUCCUCCACAGCACCUCUAUGAAGUUGGAGGGAACAUUUGUGAACGCCGUCUCCACCCAGACUGCCUUCUGCUGGGGGUUUACAAAGUCAAUCCCUGCUGUGAUUGGGUGAUUAAACCUGGACCUGUGUCACCUUUAACGGCCGGAGAUCUCAAGUCUUGACUCUAACAUAAUUCAUUGCCAUCAUUCAUCAUAGAUUGACAGAGAGCUCAAAUGAAUUGAUGGUGCUCAUCAAGCGGCCUGAAUUCUUCUUCUUUAGGAUGGAUUGUCACCAAAAGAAAACUAUGAACUGGCUGAUGAACUUGUGCUCCUCCUGCUGUUUACUGAUUGUAUCCCCAGUAGAACCAACCAAUCACAGAUCCUAGCAGACACACACUAUAGGGGUGGGACUACAUAUCGGUAUUGCAAACUAUUGUGAUAUUUCAACUCACAAAUGGUUCCUGGUUCCCUCUAUUCCUUAACUGUUUUUUAAAAUAAUACCGUAGAUGUCUCAUGAGCAUGACAUUAAAGUGGGCAGAGAACAGAAGGAGAAAAUAGUCAAGUAUUGGAGAGAAAAAAGCUGAUUAAUGAAACCUGCAAGUUGUAACCCUUGGGCUAUCCUAGGCACUUUAACAUUGGGAGUUGGGUCAUCUAGACCCCACAAGACAGUGCGCUGACCCUUUUUUCUU